CACAUUACCGGCUUGUUGAAUGGACUCAUAAUGAACUCAAGGAUUACCUGUUUGUUUUAAUUAAUUUUAACGCAAAAACAACAACUCAAAAUGAAUGUGUUACCCUUCUACUUUUGCAGAUAUGUCUUCACUGCUGCUAUUAUAAUGGGACACUGCGAGCUACAAGCCGCUUCAACCACCUCAUCCCAGGCUGGUGAGAGCCCGUCUGAUUUCAUCGGGUUCGCCUCAGCCCCUGACAAAGUGACAUACGGCUCAGUGGUCCGUGUGCGGUAUUGCUGCUCCGGGCCAUGUCAGCUCGCUGUGGAGGUGGUGGUGUCCACAUUAAGGGAGACGGAUUUCACUGUCUUCAGGAGGAAAUGGAUUGGCAGCACAUCCGGAGUCUACAGGAUCCACCAGGUGCCGCUCGGAUUGCCUCCAUCCAUUUUAUAUCAGCACGACUUCUUCAACAGGCGAGUUUUGAGAACCCUGAAUGUGACAGUUCGCGCUUGGUUAGACCAUCUCGACGAUGGCGGGGAACCCGGGACAUACCGGGACUCCACGGUGAGGGUUUAUAAAGAGCUGCAGGUGGAGCCGCUCUCAGAGCGUCCAGCUAAACCCCCCACUGAGUGCCCAUCAUGGUCCGCUCAACUGGUGUGGCAGACAACCAGGAACAGAGUUCGUCAAUGUCCACAUGAGUCAGACGUGAUCGAUGUGCUGACGUUUCCCCUGGCGAGUCCUGGCGAGCACUUUGGAGUAGUCCGCAGGUUCCAGCCUUUUAUCGACAGAGCCCUGGAGAGCGCCCGUCUCCGUGCUGUGACACAGCCCAGCGUCACCUUAUCCGUGUGGGUCUACCUGCUGAAAUGGUGUCAGGGGAAGCUCUGCGGGAUCGUCCAUCACGUCGGCAGGAAGCGUGCGUACGACUCCGUUCUGCUGCAGCUCACAGACACAGGGGACGUCAUAAUUCAGACAUGUGUGACAACGGGAGAAGAUAAAGCUUUCAGAGCCAACGUGGCGUUGCCCCGGUGGAAAUGGAUUAGAUUGGAUUGCUACAUACAGGACUCAAAGGUGCUGCUGGAUGCAACAUGGGACGAUAAAACCCGCAGAUAUCAAUACCAAUUUCAGCACAGUGUCCAUUAUGACGACACUGAUGGAUACUUUGUGAUCGGAGGAAGCGACUACAUGCCGGGCAUCCAUGGGUAUUUUGGGCCGAUUAAAUACUACCGCUUCGGAACUGAAAAGGUGGAAAACCACCUCGAGUCAACGUCGCAGGAGCUGGAUCGGACGCAUCAGGAGUGUCAGGAAGUGAAAGCGCUGACACAAGCUUUUCUCAAGGAAGUAACUGAGAGUCAUGACACAACAGUCGCCACAGGUGCGUGUACUCCUUACUUCACAAGACUUCGAGGUCCGUCCAGAGAGAAAGUGUGCACGCAAACAUGGACGUGGGAAGAACAACUUAAACACAGCACACUUUUUCAUUUAUUGCAAACAAAAAAGGAGAACAUCAGAACAGGAUCUUUGAGCAUGAAGGAGCUCAGGAGUGUUUUGUUUGAUCAGGCAGUUGGUACAAUGUUCACUGUGGAUCAGGAACAAAAUAAAGUCAAGUUCGGAUCAACGGCUCUACUCCAAAUAUCCUCCUGCAUUAGAAAUCACAAAGCGUCUCUCUUGUUGGCCGCUGUUUUCUUCUCCGGCCUCGGCCACCCAGUCGAUCAACAACAGGGUCAUGUCUACAGUUUGAUUGGCGCAUUGGGCGAUAACCGUUUCGCCCUGAUGCAUGCUGGGUACAAGCACCAACAAGGAAUUGAUGGGUUUCCAAGAGACUUGGACGUUGCUUACAGCUACUAUUCCAACGUCGGGGUACAGAGCAUCGUUGAUCGUUCCAGGAUCCAUGAAAAUAUGCAACACCCGCUGGAACUCAUCUAUCUGAGCAACAAAGAGGAUUUAAACAGCUUCACGGAGGAGACCAGCGACGUCGUCCACUACCUCAAAUACCGAGCGGAGAACGGAGACAUAGAAUCUCAGAAACACCUGGGAACGAUGCUGUUCUGGGGACGACACGGAGUCCCAAAGGACGUGGCGACCGCCGUGAAGUGGUACGAACGCCGCGCUCUGCAGCUGAAGGAUCCCACAGCGAUGUACGACUACUCCGUCCUGCUGAUGAAGGGUCAGGGAGUGAAAAAAAACGUCACCAGAGGUUUGAAGCUGCUGGAGAAAGCUGCAGCGAUGGGCUCCGUUAACGCGCUGAACGGUCUGGGUUGGUACUACAGGAUGAUACUGAACGACCACGAGAAGGCGGUGAAGUACUUCCGGCAAGCGGCGCUGAAUGGGAGCGCCGACGCCAUGUUCAACCUGGGGCUCUAUCACCUCAGCCACCAGAACCCGAACGAGACGGCCGCGGUCCUGCAGUUCCUGAACGCGUCCCGGCUCGGUCACGAUGCCGCGUCGGUGGAGGCGGCGUCGUACCUCUCCACGGGGGUCCUGGAGGGCGUGUCUCAGGACGUGGCGAGGGCUGUGACAAUAGUUAAAAAGGUCUGCGACCAGAACGGACACCUUGGGCUGGUGGUCAGAGACGCCCUGCAGGGCUACAUCCGGGGCUCCCGGCAGGGAGCGUUUGUGAAGUACGUGCUGGCGGCUGAAGCUGGUCUGGCUUUGGCUCAGAGCAACGCUGCACACCUGUGUGAGGAGCUGCACCUCCAUCACGACUGUCAGUGGAGGUAUCACAACUUCUCCAUAUUAAACUACGAUCCCCAUCCUGCAGCUCUGCUGAAGAUGGGAGACCACCACUACUCCUCCUCCAGCCGGAGAGGAGACUCAUUAUGGUCGCCGGCCGAGGCCGUGUCGAUGUACGUCCGAGCAGCUGCAGCAGGAAGCCCCCAGGGAAUGUUCAACUUGGUGCUUUUGGCAGAACAAGGCCACGAUGUUCUAGCGAGCAUCCACAGCAUGUUUAAUGAGUCGCAGCGUGGCGAGCAGGACGUCCUGCUGAUGCUCUUAAAAAGAUGUGUGCAGGCGGAGGAAGAGGAGGCCGUGAUGCCCUGUUCUUUAGCUCUGCUCCGAGUCCAGAUGGGGAGAGCCUUGAGGAGGACGAGUCAGAGCGGAGCACAGCUCCUCUUGACAUAUGCAUCUCUUCUUUCUGUCAUUGUCACUGUUGUCAUCGUGCCGCUGCAGAGUUGUCUCGAACAAAGGGUUGCCAGUCGGCGAGUGUUUGCACCGAGGGCCUCGUCCGUCAGCCAAGGUGGUGUCGGCUCGGUAACAGAGCAAGAUGGCGUCGUGGGAGGAGCCCACGGAGCGGCGGGGAAUCCGAACGGCGAGCGGCAGCUCCUGCAGACCUGCGAUUGGGCCGUGAGCCUGUCGGGCGUGUGCCUGUGUGCUUUCUGCACCGCCAUCCUCUCUCAUCUCUUAUGACACACAACAGCCAGCGCAGUGAUCCGACGGACACAUUUAGGGGGAUGAGUCGCAGCAGACACGUGACUCAUUGGAGGCUAUGAGGAGGGGAAGCAGUGAAGUGCUGCUUUAUCUGAGCGGUGAUAAUGUUUCCUCGGUAACCGUUUUGUUCCAUCGUUCUGUUUGAGGAAAAUAAAAUACUUAUCGUUCAUUUAAUUAAUGCUGCGAACGACCUAAAGUCUAUGUUGUCUCCGGGACGCGGCGCCGAGGAAGCAGCCUGAAGCUUCUGUUACGCAACACGUCAAACACAGUAGAAGCACAAAACAUACAUUUUAUUUGACAAAUUGUUACUAAUAUUAUUAUAUGAUAUGAUAUUAUAAUAUAUUAUUAUAAAAUGUUUUCUUCUGCUUUCCAGUUAUUUUUCAAAUUGGGAAACUUUCACACUUUUGAACACGAGAGCAACGAGACGGGAGACUUGAGAGAAAAAUGGAAUAUAAAAAUCAAUGAAUCAACAUAACAAGGUCAUUUAUUCGACACCUCCAUAAAUAUUUGACCCACUUGGUCCUGAACUUAAUAAACACAUUUAUCUGAAGUAUUCUUCGUUUGUCUUGUGAGACGUGGAAUCAGACUCUAUCCCAGCCUCAGGGAUGGACGUGUUCUAGCUCAGCUCUUCAGCCCUGUUCCUGUUCCUGUUCCUGAGCCUAUCGGCCCCAUCGUGAUGAUAAGUGUCU